AUGGAGGCCCGCAACCAAUGCACAGGCACCUGGGAAGCCCUCAGUGGUGGACCCAGGAUUUCUGUGCUGGGCAUUCAAAAAAUGGAGUGGCACAAAGAGAUCAUGAAACUCACCAUGAAGAUAGCCUGGGGUAAGAAUUCCAAGGUUAAGAAGCAGUCGGUGGUAGUAUCAACUAUACCAGGCCUACCAUUUGGAGUGGAGAGUGACAAUGAUGAGGCUGAAAGGGAGGAAAAAGCAGAUGAAAACACAAACUGUCCUGGAACAAAGCCAGUUGAAACUGCUGACUUGCUCCAGAGUCAGGGAGACAAGCUAGCCGAGGAAGGGAAGUACCAUGAAGCACUUGCUAAAUGGGAGGCUGCACUUAUCUUGACACCUGAUAAUGCAAUACUUCAUGAACAGAAAGCUCAGGUUUUACUUGAAGUGGGAGAUGCAUGGCGUGCACUGACAGCAGCAACCAGAGCAACAGAACUGGAUCCAUUUUGGCCUGAGGCUUGGGUUACACUUGGUAGAGCUCAGUUAAAUUUUGGGGAGCCAGAUUCAGCUAUACUGACAUUUGACAAGGCGUUAGCUAUCAAGCCUGACUACGACGACGCAAAAGCUGACCGUGAAACUGCUGCUCGUCUAGUCAAUAAACGAGGGCAGCUGCAUACAUCAGGUUUAAGUGCUAACAAGAGACGGUUCACAGUUGGGGAGUACCCAGAGAAGGGUGCAGAGGGCGAAGAAAAAGGGAAAGAAACAGCCGUAUAG